CUCCACUUUGACAUGCAUAAAGACCAGCACAGAGGUGUUGACUACUUUUGUUGUAUUUCACACCCUGGUCAAGACAGCUGUGGUAGAAACCUUAGAACACAUACACAGUGGUUUCUGGUAACUGCACAAUGGCUAUUUUAAAACUUGAGGAAAAAGUUGAUGCAUGUCAGAUUUAGCAACGGAAAUGUGUUCAAGCGCUGUACAAAUGCAGUCAUUAAAUACACAUUUUAGAUAUUACAACGCAGAUGUUUCCUGAAAUGCACAUCCUGCUUCCAUUUGUGUAUGUUAUCUAUAACUAUCCAUUAUUAUUAUUUAAUUUUAUAUGUAAUUUCAUUCAGAUAAGUGAAUUUAGGUAUCUUGGACAUUCCAGUGUUGAAGAAUCAAAUCCAGUCUCUCCAUGUCAUAUGGAUGCAGUGGUUUAGUGUCUGUCCUUUUGUAAUAGUUUCUUUUCUGCAGUAGUAAGUCUGUUAAGGGUCUGUGGUGUGAGAAAGAACCACUAUAUUUUAGUUUACAGGCUCUUACACAUCACAGACCCUUUAUAACACAUUUAAACAAUUCAAGAUUCAGAGUUAGGAUCUGUACUGCUCUCUAGGAUUUUCACAGUAUCCCACUACCAAUAGCAUGUGUGAUAUUCAGUAAUAAAAAUAAAGACAUUUUCCCCUCAAACAGAGUCAUGCAUAUUUGUUUCUUAUCUGUCUGUGUGAAACCAUGUGAUCCUGACAUCAGAGUACUUCUGCAAUGACUGUGCUUAUAACAGUCAGUACAUAGCACUGCUGCAGCAGUUUGUGCUUAAAACUCUUCACCUUUUUUAAUAUUAAUACUAGAAAUCUCAUUCCUUCCAGAGUACUUGGUGUUCAUUAGGAUUAUCUCUACAAUGGCAGAAGUUGACUUUUUUAUUGUGACGUUUCUUCUCCUGACAUUUGUUGACAGAGGGGUUGAUGGUGGGAACGUGACUGGAGUGUUACAUGGGCGAGUGGCGCUUCGAGGACGCUAUGGACACAAUACAGAUUUGGAAAAAGUGGAAUGGACUAAAUAUGCACCUGAAAAUUCAACAAAGAAAUUGCUACGUGUGGCUAUUAACCCAUACAAUGUUACAUGCUUUCCUUCCUGCCAAACGUUUUAUUUUAAUUUACAGUCUAUGAGUCUUAUUUUGUUUCCUUUAACAAAGAAAGAUGAAGGCAUUUAUGAGGAGAGAGCCACAUUUAAAAAUCAAACUUUUCUACGUUUCAAUAUCACAUUAUCUGUGCAGCCUGCAUCAAAAAUCAGUGUCUCUUCUUCUCCUGGAUCGCUGACCCUGAAGUGUGAUAUCAGUGACGACUUUAAGCUGCUGCAGUGGUUCAGAAAUGACCUUCCACUACCAGAUGACCAGAGAUUCUCCCUCACUGAGAACAACAAGACCAUGCAGGUGUCCAACUUCAACAGUUCAGACUGUGGCAACUACACCUGUCUAAUUUCAAAUGAAUACGGAACAUCAGCGGCGUACUUUAAUGUCAGCGAUGAUGUCUGUGAAAACGUACCACUUUCCUUGUUUUGUGAAGCAGUUUAAUCUACGUUUGCAAAAAUUAUGGUAAAUAUGACAUUCAUUACAGAAAAACAAAACAUUAAUAUUAAUCAAAUAAUUACCCUGAAUACAAUAUGAAAAGAAAAAAAAAACUAUUUCAAGCCAUACAUUUUCAUUCUUUUGCCUUAAAACACAGCAGGUAAUGUUUCAUUGUUUAGAUUACAUCAGUAAUUUUGACUAAAGUGUGUAUUGUGGACAUUCAUCACGAAGAAGCUGUUACUCCGACUCCUCCCAUCAUUCUGAGCAGACUGAAGACUCUGGCUACUCAACCAUCACAAAUAUUUUGGAGAACACACAGCCUUCACAAAUGACAUGAACACCAAUCUACAGGUGUAAAACAUAACGUAAUAGGAGACUGAUGCAUGUGUUUCAUUACUAUGAAGCUAAGCUUAGUUCUGUCUAACUCCAGCGGAUUUCUGCCUGCUUUCAUUUGCAGCGUAUAAUGAUUAAUACAUGUUUGGUUUGCAGUCUGUGAAUUUUUCUCAUGCUCAUAAUUACAAACUGCUGUUCAGCAGCCACUGUUUGCAUUCAGCUUAAUGAAUACAAGUCUGACAUAAAUAAAUAAAGUGCAGUAUAACACAUUUUGUUGAAAUCUGCAGUUAUUUGUAUACCAAGCAUAGUAUGUUACUGCUGGUUAACAUUCAGCGUUGGUAUAUAGUUUAGUUUUGCAGCAUAGACAUUUGAA